AUACACACGUGCUUUCACCAUCUAAAAAAGAAGGUUGAAAAAAAUUAAAUGGCAAAACACCUUGGUUUGUUUCCAGCAGCUCGCCUAAGCUUGAACUUGAAACCUAACAACGAUGUUCAUAAAUCCUCGAUAUUAUUACUGAAACCACCAAUCAAAUCCAACUCCUACUACUUCGACCCCUCAUUUUGCAAGUUAGCCAAUGUAAGGCGGCUGGGCGGUGCAGUCGUCGGAGCUUAUUAUGAUGCAAAAUAUUCGGAGGACACAAUUCAUCGUGAUCAAGCUCCCGGCGGCGGCGAAGCUGUUGUGGUGGAGGAGCAGCCAACUGCACUACCGGCGGCUGCGAGUGAUAAUACUAAUUGGAUUGAUGUGCAUCUGCCGGAAAAAGCCAGGCCUUACGCGUACCUGGUGAGAUUCAACAACCAAAUCGGGCCAUGGAUUGUUGGUUGGCCAUAUUUUUUAUCCAUCGCCUUGACGGCGGAACCAGGAAAGCUUCCCGACAUGAAGAUGUUGGGUCUAUUCCUUGUGAUUGCUUUCAUGGAGAGAAACAUUAUGAUGACCAUUAAUGAUAUCAUUGAUCAAGAUAUCGAUGCCAAGGUGGAACGAACUAAAACAAGGCCAAUUGCAGCCGGUUCAAUUUCGACAAUUCAAGCGGUCUGUUUCCUAGGCUUUCAAAUGCUGAUAAAUUACGUGCUCUAUCACCAAGUAAAUCCUUUGAGCCGCAAAUUAUGGUUAUUAUCAGUGAUAAUGACUUUUACAUAUCCCAUCACGAAACGAAUAACAUAUUUGUCGCAAGCCUAUCUCAGUAUCUACGUGCACUGGGGGGCGUUGAUGAGUUGGGCUGCAGUUAAAGGAAGUUUGGAACCUUUCAGCGUUUUGUUACCACUAUUCAUAUCUGGUUUUUUCUGGACGCUCUUAUAUGAAACAAUAUAUGCCUGUCAGGAUAAAGAAGCAGAUGCGAAGUUGGGUCUGAAGUCUACAGCCUUAUUGUUUGGUGACUCCAUAAAAGUUUGGCUCGCGGGUUUUGGAGUUGCAACCAUUUCUGGUUUUGCUCUUACUGGGUUCAAUGCAAAUAUUGGAUGGCCAUAUUAUACAUCUUUGGUAGCUGCUGCUUACCAUCUAGCUUGGCAGAUAGUGACCGUUGAUCUUGAAAACCCUGCCGAUUGCAAACUGAAACAAAAGUCCAAUAAGUGGAUCGGUGUUAUUCUCUUCUUCGGAAUUGUCCUUGGAAAACUCGUCGCAUGAACCGGCUGUCGUUGAUUUUUGGGUAUAGAAUUAUAUUUAAGGUCGGGAAAGGUUCAAUUCAAUCGUAAGUUCCUAAAAACUCCUUGUUUGUUAGGAUCGAAUCAAGAGCAGAGCCAUGCCCAGAUGCCUGCUAUGAAAAAAAUGAUGUUAAAAAUUGAUGGUCAAAUAUUCAUAAUUAGUCCAUUCUCAGGAGAACUUGACUGUCGGUUGCUCAUUUCUCACAAUUGGACAGACCUCUGGGAGUUUUGAGCUUCUGAUGGAUUUUAAAAUUUCUCCUGUAUUUUUUCCCCCCUUUUUUUGUUGUAAUUUACUGAGUUAUAUGAAGAUGGC